GCUUCUAGAGGAUAUUAUGUUAGUCUUAAGUCAUGUCCUCCACCGUACCUUUGAGAUUCAUACCUUCCCGUCGACGCUAUAAUCUGUCCACCUUGAAGGUACUGUACAUCAUGAGCAAGCUCUGAAUAUCAAACUGGGAAUAUUACAAUGCGGUCCGGCCGGGCCAACUAUUUAUUCUUAACAAUAUUGGCCAUAUCCGUGGUGUUUGAUCACUGUUUAGACCUAACUUCAACUAGACUUACGACGUGGCUACUCGCGUUCUCUAUUCAGAGACAGUACAGGGAGUCCCUGCCAGUCGGGUGUCAGUUCAACGAUUCCCAUCACUACGUUGUGGUCCAAUCGCGCAUUGUCACUCUUUUCAGUUCAAAAGUGAGCAGUGGAACGGUAUGUUAUGUCAAUAUUGCACUUGCACGUUCAUGACUCUAUCUUUGGCUUCACACAGCUUCCCUGUUGAUUCAGACGGAGCCCCCAUCAAUCAUUCCAGUCUAAGAUAUCAGCACUCUCUACUCACGUUCCUUCAAUCCGAUUCCCCAUGAAUGGCUGCAGAUAUCCAGACAGCGUCACCUUUCUCUCGCUUGCCUCGCCUUGGAUUCAACUUUGGUCCGAAGCCAAGCCCGCCAUCACCUCUUCGCGGUAGCCCUCAGGCACAACAGGCACAAGACAAGGAAGAGAAGGCGGACGACUGGUACAUACCAUACAAUGGCCCUAUCGAAGCACCGAAGCCUCCACGUGCUGAGUCGAGCCAGGACCGGGAGAGCUGGGGUGAUGUGCUGGGUGGGUGGUUGACAGACGACCAUGGUCGUACUUCUCAGGAACGCCAGGGUGGUUUCAGUCGAACUCGUGCGCUUUCGAGCGCGUCACACCUGACCACUUCGUCGGGCAACGUCGAUCCGAGUCGUAAGAGCAUUGCGAUCAAGUCUCCAAACGUACGCAUACCUGGAAAGCCACGCGUCACAAUUCCAUCGUUUAUCAACCUGGACAAUGCAGGUGGUAUUGGUGACGUGCCCAUGCCGGCAGAACGAUCGUCCAAGUAUGAAUCGACCAUUGCGACACCACACACGGCGACGACUGGGAGUAACCCGAACAGGAGUAGCUUGGCGAGUAUAUGGUCGUUUGGAAAGAGGGGGUUGUCGCAUUCUGUUUCCAUGGACCAAUUGACCAAAACACGUAGCGGAACGACGCGUGAACGUGCGAACACAUCUGCCUAUGUCCCGCCAACAACUUCUGCGAUGUCAAUGUCACAACGUGGGAACGCGAGCAACUCGCGACCGGCACCCGUAGCUGAAGAUAACGAGUACUACUAUUCGUCACUGCUCGUACAUCAAUCGACACCGGGCGAUCCUCCUUCUGACCAACACGACCUGCGCUCCCACCCUUACGCUGUUGCCUUUCCCUCCACCAGCGCUCCCUCUCAACCUCAAAGCGCUCCUCCGAUAGCCCGCGACAAGGGCAAAGCUAAACUGCUUGAUCCUGGCAAACUGACUAUCACCUGGUUAGACCCGAGAGGCCAGAACCGCGUGCCCGCAUAUUUGAAACCUUCUCCCAGAAACUCCAUAUUAAAAGCAAGCUUAUCCACGCCCAACCUGCGCGACAUACCCAAGGGCAAGCAACGGUGGUUGUCAGCUGAGACAUGGUGUGAUGCGAUUAUUCUUCCUCGACCUCGCUUCGCGCUGCGACUAGUCGAGGGGGCACCCAGCGGUCGUAUUGUCAGUCCGCCGGAGUCACCUGUCCUCUCUCCUGGAGAAACUCAAGACUCGAGAAAUAAAUUUGUCAAGGAUCCUGCCGCGCCUCCUGGUCAGACUCCGGAACAGUCUGUUUCAAUGGGUAACCUUAUAUCUACCUCCCCGCCUUCCCCGCCACAAUCACGAGAAGCCGAGCCAACUCGGAGGGCGUCUCCGGCCUCUCCUGUGGAGAAGCCUCCAGAGAGGCUGAAACCACCUAGACCAAAGAGUUGGGCUCUUGACGAUUUGGCGCUGCCUAGUCCAGUGCCUUCUCUAGCACAGGUCCUCGCCGAGGGAGAACAGCUGGAUAAGGAACGUGAAAUAUGGAGGGCAAAGGCUACCCAUUCAUUCCAGAACAAACGUGCUCGAUCUGUCUCUCGUGCGCGAUCAAAAUCGACCUCGCAGGCGAGGCGAGACACAGAGAGCCCUCUCGAGUAUCUGGCAGGACGGACUUUACUUGGAACACAGGCCGUUCCACCGAAAAUCCACGUCCAUGCACCUCCAGUGCCCAGAAGUCCUCAUACUACAACGUCAAGGACGGCGAUAUCAUCGGUGUUCUCUACGCACUCGCAAAACCUUUCUCGGGCGACUUCGCGUACCCGGUCUCAUGCGCAUUCUAACUCGUUGGGUGGUUCUGUAACACGGUCUCGUACGUCUCCUGAUGCUUCUACAAGUGGUCAUGGCCAUACACGUAGCCAGUCCCUGAGCAAGUCGGCAUUUAAACUUGUCAAAUCGACUGCGGCCCUCUGUGGAUUUAACGACAAGUCACCGCUUGCAACUCCUUCGGACGAAAAGGCCAUUGCGAUGGAAGGUGCGCUUCGUGGGUCGGACACCAAGUUUAUCCGGCUGCAGGACCAAGUUCGUGAUGAGAAUAGGGAGAAUGAGCGGGAUGAUGUCGUUGUCAUCACGCCUACAUCGCCGUCCGCUGCUCUUGCGAUACCUAGAGGUAGUCCGGCCGACCGUCUGAACGACGCAUCACCGACACCUUCUGGUCUAUCUGCAUCUGAAGGGAUUGGUAUAGCCAUCUCCUCUCCACUUCCUUCAGAAGAUCAUUCGCAUGGACCCAUCCACAUCCCUUCUCAUCCCUACGCUCAAGGUGUGAGUUAUCCGUAUAAGCAACCUGUAAAGGUCCAAAUACCAGAUAAACCCACAUCUUCUGAGGGAGAGCCCAUUAGCGCCACUAGUACUGCUACUAGUGCUAACCGUCAUAGACAACCAGUUUUGGUUCACCCAUACGCCCAGGCGACACAUCCGUACGCGGCAGGUGGAUUUGGACGUGCCCAGUACGUCGAAGUGCCACCCCCACCCCAUACGGAUAGCUUGUAUGCUGAGUUGACACCUGGGCAUGUACGGGAAUUCGGCCCUGAUGCUAUUCGCUAUUCGCCUUACCCUCCAUCAGCCUCAUCCUCCUCUAACGGUCAUGGUCAUGAGCCGGAAACUAAACAAGUUGCGGAGAAGAUCAUUUUGACACCCCAAGUGGUAACCUCUUCCGACCAUCCGUACGUGCGGAAUGCCAACACAAGGUUUAGCGAGCUUGUUUUUGGAGAUGCGUUGGUGCGAACGAUGAGGCAUAGUGCAAGCAUCGAUAGUGGGUUUGGCCCUAGCGAGAUUGAGGACCAUAACCAACGGAUCGACCCGGCUGAUUCGAAGACGGAGCUACUUCAGGAUGAUGAGUCAGACCAACGACAACGAGGGCGUGCAGAUACCGGGGUCACUUAUAACAACUCGAGUGAUAGCCCAAAUGUUUUCCACGCUACGUCAGGGACAUCCUCCAACGCAGUGGCGUCUUCAGGUUCAGAGAACGCCCACCCUCCAGUUUUCAUUAGACGUACCGCUUCAAAUGCUACCGGACUUUCCGCGACAACUCACGCUAGCAAUUCAGCAGGAUCUUCCCCAGGCAUGGUCUCACAUGAGUCAUCUCCCCCGCUCUCACCUCGUCCUCUGAAUGAUUCCGAUGAUCUGGAGAGAUUCCGUGACUUGUUCUAUAAACCGACCGUCAAUGCCGAUAGACAAAGUAUUGCAUCUUCAGAACAGCGGCGUCCUUCCGUGGGUUCUCGAAAGACGAGCGGUAGUAUCACUUUCGAGGUUAGCUCACAAAGAAGUCGCAGUAUCAGUGGGUUAACCAACUUGGCGCGUCAAAUUUCUGAGGACCUUGAAGAGUUAAGGGAGGAAGGAGCCGAAUCUCGUCGUGACCAAGAUAACAGCUCGCCGAUGUGGGGUAGCCGUUUCGGUAGUGUUAGAGGUUCACGACCGGACGAUAUGUCUGACGACCCUAGGUCUCUGCUCUCCCAACGUACUUCAAGUUCGGAUUCACCUGCUGGCACCCAACUUCCCUUGCGUCUCCCAAUUGAUGUUUCCUACCCAAACCCGACAGCUAAUUUUCCGGAAGAUAUAGAACCAGAGGAGAUUGAAUCUUCUCGUGCAUCAUCUGUUUUUGAAGGGGCGUCGCUGAUUGAUGAGCCGUCUGACAACUUCCGAUUUGGUGAAGUUGGAGCUGUGUCCACUCCCCCUGCGGUACCAAACCCUCAUCGGUUCUCGACUCGUUUGUCUCUCAUCGUAGAUGACGAAGAACACGACCGUCAUCUUGGCAGCGACCUUGCGUCUGCUCGAAUCCCUUCCUCGCAAUUUAACCUCAGUCCACUCACUCCUGAUGCAGCUCGUUCGAGCUACAUGACUUCUGAUACUGGUUCUCGCAUGUCCGGUCUUUCUGAUUUCCCUGCGCCACCUACACUCACUUCCCAUAUGUCCAUCGGCACUCCUUACAUGCCCCACCAAGAGGAUACUACUCUGACUUCCAUUGGUGAGAGCCAGAAUACCACACGUCCUCCACCCCUUCUUCGUGAAGAAAGCAACGACACUUUUGGAAUUCGACUUCGGCGUGACAACUUCGGUGAGGCGUUAUAGUGUAUAGUUUUUAUACUUCGGACUCUUUCAGUUCCUGCUACUCGUCGCUUUGAUUGUGUAUCAUAUUCUCAUGGUUGGUUCGGAUCGCUUUCUUCUCCUUGCAUUUGCAUGUCGUUUAUAUUAUUCUUAUCUUACUGCUACAUUCGUACUAUACUUUCAAUGGUUUCUGUGAUUUGCAAAACAAAAGCAUGUCAGACUCAGAAUACAUAGGAAGGACGAAAAGGUGAGGGUAUAGAUGGUAUCUCAAUCGGCAUAUUGUGUAAGCUGAG